GAUUGGUCUCACGGAUAUCACGUGAUCGAGGUACACACGUGAUGAAUAAUACAGUUCUCUUUGUCCUCAACACUUGCGCUCCGGGUGAUCCGGUGUAAGAGUAGCCAUGGAUGUCGCUAUGAAACAUUCGGAAGAACACAAAGAAGUGAACGACGAAAAUGCGAACAGCGGUGAAACCGUCGACGCAAGAACCAUCCCAGCUGGUAGCAUAAACCUUCUCUCUUUUGUUAGGAGGUUUUUUCCAAAGGAAGAUUUGCCAUGCACCUUGCCCACAGCAGUCGACAGCCUCAUAUACAACAUGGACCACCCAAAACGGGGAACAUGUGUCAUCUUUAAUAACAAGUCCUUCGAUCACAGCACUGGCCUAAACGAACGCAGAGGUACAGAUGAAGACGCAGCACAACUUUACUGUCUGUUCAGAGAGAUGGACUUUGAAGUACGUGUCCAUCAAGACUUCUCCUGGAGAGAUAUCAUAUCGACGCUAGAGAAAUUAGGAAAGGAAGACCAUUCCCAGAAUGAUUGUUUCGUCUGCUGCAUGCUGUCGCACGGUGACAACGAUAUUCUUUACGGCAAAGACGGCAAGUUUGCAACAGAGAGCAUCUUUGCGCCUUUCCGUGGGGACGUCUGCAAGUCGCUUGUCGGGAAGCCGAAGCUCUUUUUCAUACAGGCCUGCCGAGGUGAUCGUCUGGACGACGGAGUGACAGUACUCGAUACAACAGAUGCGGUGUCACGGGUCUACAAGGUUCCGUCUCAGGCUGACUUCCUUACGUGCUACUCGACUGUGGCAGGCUACUACUCUUGGCGGAACACUAUUCAGGGAUCAUGGUUCAUCCAGGCGGUGUGCAAAGUCAUCAAGGAGCAUGCUGCUCGCAUGGACCUUCUCAGCAUGAUGACCAUUGUUUGCCAGCGUGUAGCCUACCAUUUUGAGUCAUGUGUUCCUCAAGACAGGAAGAUGGACAGGAGAAAACAAGUGCCCACGAUUGUGUCAACCCUCACUAGACAGGUGUACUUCAAGUCCAAGUUCUAAAUCCAUUUGCUCAUCCAUGACGUGCCAGGGACGUUGUGAUCGAUACUUCUUCAUCUCAGUACAGACUCUGGCUGUUGUUGUCAAGAUCUAUGGCUAUUGCUCUUCAUUUCUUUUUUCUAUUCAUUCAUUCACUCAUUAUGACGCACUGUUGUUCGACACUGGGCUGCUUACGGGGCGUACUUAGUAGAAUGGAACGGGUGGACCGAAAUUAAUUUAUAGUGUCCUGGUGCAUGUCGGCACAAAUUUCACCGUUUUCAAUCGACCGUGGUCUUGCGCAGGAAACAUUAGGGAUUAUCUGGCAUUAUUAAUAUUGGCGAUGUACAUGAGUAAUCAGUAAGGAGUCUGGUUCUGUGUGAUGUGUUUAAUGAGCGUACUGGACCAGUGACAUUGGUGAGCCUUACUAAUUUCCAUUGGACACGAUGCUCUAUAAAAUCGUGGUUGCACAAUCUCAUCAACUCAAGAGGUUGCCUUCUACAUUCGUCUAAUAUAACUGUGAAUGCGUAAAAUGUCAUCUAGGUAUUAAGGCAGUAUUCUCUGGUGUGCCUUUUCCCAACUGUCUGACAGUUGACUAGUCAAUCUUUGGUGUGCACAAUUCCUGGUGCAGACACUAUUUCCUUGAACCGGAUCGUUCCAUGGGCUACGAGUAGAGCCUGAAGUUUUCGGGAAAUAUUUCCAUCUAAAUUCGGGGAGUGCUAAUCGGGUAAAUUAACGUGUGCUCUAAAUUCAUGCAAGUUUGGGUGGGAAAACUUCCAGUACGCUAAAUUCGGGGAGAUAUUUGGGGCUCAGUUACUCAGACUAACUGAACUGGUUCGGUACAAAUGGUGGUGUAACUGCGUUUGCUACCAAACAAGUUAGCGUGCAUUCAUACAGACGUCUUUGUGGCAAUUUGCCGGGUAAAAAUCUGGGUUUCACCCUAAAGAGGCAACCUUCAAUUCGGGGAAGAAUUGGGUUAAACCAUAAAACUUCAGGCUCUAGCAAUGAGUCAGCAGAUGCAAUAGUGCAGCCGUUGAAUCGCUACAUAUGGAAAGAGGUGUGGCACAUAAUCAGGUAAAUGCUGAUCCAGUUACUGUAGAAGUGUUUUUUUUGUGUGUGUGGAAUUAUUUUUCGAGUUUUUCGCGCGUUCUUCCAAGAUCGCGAAUUUAAGUUCCCGCGAAUAAUUCUGGCCACAUGAGGGCGAAAAUAGUGCGGCACUCGACGCUAUACCGUGACCCUUUCUACUCCAUGCAGCGUAGGCAGUUUAAGCAAGCCAAAGAAGAUUGUUUUAUCCCAUGAGGCAAGAUGUAAAGAAAUGAAAAUUGAUCACGCUUUUGUUACUCCUACAAACGCAUUGCGCUGUACAUAUACAGGGUGUUUGCUCUAACGUGUCCAGAAACUAUAUUUAGAGCGAGCGAUAAAAGAAACGCAAGUGGUACUUUUCUGCUACUUGAGUAAGAAACAGGUACUGUUACACUAGUACCACCUGUUUCUUAGUCAAGUAGCUGAAAAGUAGCGCUUGUUUCUCUUUUAUCAGAAAUAAAAUUUCUGGACACGUUAGAGCAAACACCCUGUAUACCACGAAGCCGCAACAUGGCUUUUCCCGCCUUCUCAAAACCAGCUUGUAUGAUAGUACGACAUCUCAACCGAACUGUUCGGUUCCCUGAGUGAUAAUGAAUGAGAACUGCUGAAAUGAAUUGGCUGACCUGCAGGAGGCCAGUACUAUGGCCUCCUGCAGGGUCCCUAAACGCCAUUUUACAGGGCCUUUCUUCCCAUAUGUCCGUGAGGAGAAGAAAGGCAGAGAACGUCGCCAUCCCCGUGAACAACGGAUGUGUUAGUACGUGCCGAAAUAUGCUUAAGCAUUGACCGCGGCACGAUAUGCAAGAGCAAAGCACUCCCGGAAAACUGUGUCGCGAAUUUAAGUUCUCGCGAAUCACUCCUCAAACCAGCUUUGUUCGAAAACGCGAAAAUAUUUUCGACACGGAAAAAAACACUUCUACAGUAUUCGAUAAUUGUAAUUAGAAACUAGAUUGUCGGGUCCUCUCCAGUAUUGCUGUGUUGGCCUUGAUACAUUUACGGUUCAUACUUAAAGGUCAGGGAGCUUAAGAACAGCAUGAUGCGACGUGUUUUUGACGUGUGUGUAUCAGUAUUGGCCGACAAGUUGAAGUGUGCUUAGUAUUGACCGACAAGUUGAAGUUUUUGUUUCUCUCGAAGGCCUUACUCUAUACAGUGCUCAAUGAAUAUAGUCCAUGGGCCGGGAAUAGACAUGUUUAAUAAGUUCAGCGCACCGGCAAGCAACAACACAAAACAACAAUGUAUUUGACGUUUCAGGUCCCUAGUGCUCAGUGCUCAAUAUACAAACGGGAAACAACCUUGUUUAGGUUGGCAAAAAGAGAAUAAAGACAACUAUAAAAAUGUUG